AUGAAUUGGGAUCUGAACUACGGAGAGUUAUCGAAGGAUAAAGACUUCGUUAACAACUGCGAAGACCUCAAGCAAAAUUUGAUAGAAGUGCAAGAAGUUCUGGAUCAACUGUUGCCGCUAAAAGAACAUUAUGACAAGCUGACCUUGCCUGCACAGAUCGAGCUAGACUUAUUCCUUGCGUUCACACUGAAUUCUCUUCAUUGGAUUCAUUUGAGAAUACAAGGCGUCGAUCCAACGAAACACCCAAUCAGAGACGAACUACAAAGAAUUAAAGCUACAAUGGUUAAAUGGCAGGAAGUAAAAGAUCGAGAUAAACGGCCAACUGUGGACAUUGAAGCGGCUAAGAGGUUUGUUAGGAGCGGUCUCUACGACCCUUACAGAGCGACAGGGCAGCCACUAAAUAAAAAGAUAAAAUUCGAUGAUUAA